AUGACUGGGAAAACAUCCACCAGGAUUGGCCAUUUUCUGGCAACGGCACUGAGGAUCGAUCUGGGGUCGGAACCUUACUCCGUGACAGGCAAUGGUCGACACGCUUAUGUGGAGCCCGAUCCGACGGCGGGAGAAUGGAUCAAGUCACAUACACCUACAACCAAGCAAGUUGGGCGAUAUUUCUACAACAUCUUCCCUUUCAUCCACUGGAUCGGGUAUUACAACCUGCAAUGGUUUAUUGGUGAUCUUAUUGCAGGCGUGACCGUCGGUGCUGUUGUCAUUCCUCAGGGAAUGGCUUACGCCGAACUGGCCACUCUGCCCCCGGAGUAUGGACUAUACUCAUCUUUCAUGGGUGUCCUGAUCUACUGGUUCUUUGCGACUUCCAAAGAUAUCACGAUCGGGCCCGUCGCAGUCAUGUCAACUCUCGUCGGUACGAUCAUCAUCAAAACCCGAAAGGAACACCCAGAACUCGAAGCUCCAGCCAUCGCCUCCGCCCUUGCUAUUAUCUGCGGCGCGAUUGUAACAGCACUUGGCUUCCUCCGUCUCGGAUUUAUUGUCGAUUUCAUACCCUUGCCAGCAAUCAUGGCAUUCAUGACCGGGUCCGCGAUCAACAUCUGUGCUGGACAAGUGCCAACCCUCCUCGGUGAAAAGGCAAAGUUCUCAACGCGUGGAGCCACGUACAAAGUCAUUAUCGACACACUGAAAUAUCUGCCCUCGGCCCAGAUGGAUGCCGCAAUGGGUAUGACUGCUCUCGCAUUGCUUUAUGCAAUUCGCUGGGCAUGCAAUUACGGAGCUAGAAAGUACCCAGCAAGGGCUAAAACUUUCUUCUUCCUGUCUACUCUGCGAACUGCCUUCGUGAUCCUGUUCUAUGUGAUGAUCAGCGCUGCUGUCAACCUCCAUCGCCGGAAUGAUCCCGCUUUCAAGAUCCUCGGAACUGUCCCAAGAGGGUUCAAGCACGCCCAGGUCCCGAGGCUUGAUAAGGAGAUCAUCAGUGCUUUCGCUACCGAGCUUCCUGCGGCGGUAAUCGUUCUGUUGAUCGAGCACAUUGCAAUCUCCAAGUCAUUUGGCCGAGUCAACAACUACACGAUCGACCCGUCCCAAGAGUUCAUUGCUAUUGGCAUCUCGAACCUUCUUGGCCCCUUCCUGGGUGGAUACCCUGCUACUGGGUCUUUCUCCCGCACUGCGAUCAAAUCAAAAUCAGGUGUCCGUACUCCUCUUGCCGGUGUGAUCACUGCAGUUGUGGUCCUUUUGGCUAUCUAUGCCCUUCCGGCUGUCUUCUUCUAUAUCCCAAAGGCAUCGCUUUCCGCCGUGAUUAUCCACGCCGUCGGCGACCUUAUCACGCCGCCCAACACAACGUACCAGUUCUGGCGCGUGUCUCCAAUCGAUGCAAUUAUUUUCCUGAUGGGCGUGAUCGUCAUCAUCUUCUCAACCAUUGAGAUUGGAAUCUACUGCACCAUCUGCGUCUCGAUCGCAGUCCUUUUGUUCAGACUCGCAAAGGCCCGAGGCCAAUUCCUCGGCGCAGCCAGAAUCCACUCAGUCAUUGGCGACCACAUCCUAGACGACACAGACACGCUAUCCAACGCCAAGUUCGACAGCGACAGAACAGUGUACCUCCCGAUUUCGCGGGCCGACGGAUCCAACCCCGGUAUCAAAAUCGAUCAGCCAUCACCGGGAAUUUUCAUAUUCCGCCUUUCAGAAGGCCUGAACUACCCCAACGCAAACCACUACACAGACUACCUCGUCCAACACAUUUUCGAAACCACCAGACCACCCGACGAUAGACCAAACGAGAGAAUCGGCGACAGGCUAUGGAACGACCCGGGCCCGAAAGCAAAGGACCAAGAAGACUUCCUCUCCCGCCCAACCCUCCGCGCCGUAAUCCUCGACUUCUCAUCCGUCAACAACGUCGACGUCACAUGCGUACAGACACUAAUCGACGUCCGCAACCAACUCGACCGCUACGCCGCCCCAGCCCGCGUGCAGUGGCACUUUGCGCACAUCCACAACCGCUGGACCAAGAGAGCCCUAGCUGCAGCCGGCUUCGGAUACCCUACACCGGAAUACCUAGCGACAACGCACAAAUGGAAGCCGAUCUUCAGCGUCGCAGCUCUUCACGACGAUCCAUUUACGGUAGCGAAUAAGAGGAACUCUGAAGAUGUGGCUAGGGAUGUUGAGAGCGGGAUGCAGAAGGAAGCUGCUGCACAGUCAACGGAGAGUGAAAUUGAGCCGGUGGACAAGUUGUCUGCGGAAAUCAGAUGCGGGUCGGGUUCCCAGAAGGCUAUUGUUGCGGGUGUUAAUCGGCCGUUUUUCCAUGUUGAUUUGACCACUGCGUUGCAGAGUGCCAUGUCGGGGUUUGGGGAGUAUUAA